AUGACGGUUCGUAUCAAAGGCAAAAGCGGCAGGACAUUACGCACUUCCAAAGCUCUAAGUUUGUAUUUUUUUUUAAUUUCCAUACAUUACAUCUCUCUCUCUUUUCACUUUCGUUUUCUUUCUCCCUCUCUCACUUUCUCCUUAUCUCUUUCUUUCUCUUUUUUUCUCUUUCUUUUUUCUUUCUUUCCCUUUCUAACACUUUUCUCGCUCUUUACCCCUCUUUCUUUCUAUCUUUCUUUCUUCCUUUCUUUCUUUCUUUCUUCCCCACUCACUCUCUCUCUCUCUCUACCUCUCUCCUCCUUUAUCUGUCUUUAUCCCUCUCUCUUUCUCUCUUUCAAUUUCUCUCUUUCUUUCUCUCUCCUCUCUAUCUUUCUCCCUCUCUUAUUUUCUUUAUUUCUCUCUCUUUCCCUCUCUUUCAAACUUUAUUUUCCUGUUUUUUUAAUGCUUUCGUUAUUUCAUUUCUUGAAUACUUUAUUUUUAUUUUUUUCAUUCGUUCUUUUUUCUUUAUUUGUAAUUCUAUUUUACCUGUUUCUUAAAUGUCGUCUUUCAUUCUGGUUUUUCUUUUUCAUACGUUACAUGAGUUUUUUAUUUCUAUCAUUCUUUCCUUAUCAUCUUUCUUUUUCAUACUUUACCUUGUUUGUUCAUUUGUUUCUUUCUUUCAAGUUUUCUUUCUUUUUUCCUUUUGCUGGUUCAUUUGUUUUUUUUUUCUUUAACUUUCUUUUUAUAGCUUACAUUGUUUCUUCAAUUAUAUACUUCUGUCAAUUUUUCUAUUUUUCAUUUACACAUUCUUUCGUUUUUUCUUUCUUCUUGAUCUUCCUUUUUAUAUUUUACAUUGUUUUGUCAACACUUUCAAUAUAUUUUCCCAGUUUUUCCUUUAUUCUUUCCUUCUUUUUUCCUUCUUUUUUUUCUUUAUUUUUCAUUGUCUUUCCAUUGUCUUUUCAUCGAUUUAUUAAUUAUAUAUUUAUGGCUUCAAUUGUUAUUUCAUUCGUUCGUUCUUUCUUUGGUAUUUCUUCAUUUACCUUUUUUCUUUCCUCCUUUCACUUUCUUUCUUUUUUCCUUUCUUUUGUUCGUUCUUCCUUUUGUUUUUUUUCUUUGUCAAUUUAUCAUUCUUUCCUGCUUUCAGUUUCUUUCUUUCUUUCUUUCUUUCUUUCUUUCUUUCUUUCUUUCUUUCUUUCGUUCGUUCGUUUCUUCGUUUGCUAUUUCUUAAUCUAUCUUUCUUCCAUGCUUUCACUUUCUUCCUUGAUUUCUUUCUAUUUUUCUUUCUUUCGCUCCUUUGUUUUUUCUUAA